UGAUGUUUUUGUAGUGGUAACCAGACUUUACGCUGUGUCACUUUUCCGACGGAGACUGGCUUCGAGUGGGAUGAAAAAUGGCGGCUGUUUGCGGUACUUGCCAAACACUUCGCCUGACUUCAACCCUAGAAAGAUGUUUUAGCUCCAAGUUCCUGCAUUUUAAACAAAAAUCUAUUAUACCCGCUGCCUACGUCUCCAAUUUUAGUUUUUUCGGGCAUCAACGUUCGUCUGAAGAUCGCUACUCUGGAAGCUUCGUUUGGCAGCCCGGAAACUGUGUUCCAGAACACAUCUCCACGUUUUGGAAGCUGAAAGGUUCAAGAACUUAUAAAUUCACUUCUUUUCAUUUUCAAAGAGAUGUGGAAGAACCUGGGAAGAUAAAGCCAGUGUCUGGAAAAAUUAAGGCGAGGCUGGAAAAGAUUAAAGAAAUGAAAGAGGAUAUCUAUACAGUGCCGAAUCUGCUGUCCACCCUCAGAAUACUGCUGACCCCAGUUCUUGGUUAUCUGAUAGUUUCAGAAGAUUUUGUCAGCUCCUUAACUUUGUUUGGUGUGGCUGGUAUCACAGACAUGCUUGAUGGAUUCAUAGCAAGAAAUUUUAAAAACCAGAAGUCAGUAUUGGGCACAGUUUUAGAUCCACUUGCCGACAAGAUCCUGAUGUCUGUGCUAACUGUGUCUCUCACUGUUGUGUCUCUUCUACCUGUUUCCCUGACUGCUUUGAUUUUGAGUCGAGAUGCUCUUUUGAUUGGCUAUGCUUUUUACUUGAGAUACAAUUCACUUCCAUCACCGAAAACUAUUUCCAGGUACUUUGAUUUUAACUUUCCUACAGUGGAGCUUAGACCCAACUUCCUUGGCAAGGCAAACACUGUUUUACAGCUAGCUCUCGUUGGCUGUUCACUGGCAGCUCCUGUUUUUGGAUUUGUGGAUCAUCCUCAUUUGCAAUACCUCUGGUAUACAGUGGCUGCUUCAACUGUCAUGUCUAGUAUUAGUUACCUCAUCAACUUUAGAGGAUCUGUAAAAUAUCUUAAAUAAAUUAAUUGAACUAUCGGA